AUGCUGCCCGCGGCGCCCGCGAGCGUGUCCCAAAAGGUCGACUCCCUCCUCACCGAGCUGGGCUUCGCCGAGACGGAGGACUCGCUUCCCAAGAAGAUCGACAUGGCGGUGAACGAGCUCGGCAUGAAGAAAGAGGUCAAAUCGAUGAAGAUGGUGGAGAAGGUGGACGCCUGCCUCGCGACGCUCGGGAUGACGGUGGCCGGAGACGAGGCGGCUUUGGUGGCGCCCCAAUCCCGGGAGACCCAACCCAUGGAUUUGGCGGCCCGCGGCCGUUUCAACGGCAUGGCAUACGGACCCAUGCCCCUCGAGUACUACGGCGGCGGGUACGGCUGGGGCGGCGGGUACGGCUGGGGCGGGAUCUCUCCCUGGGGUGGGAGUGGCCUCACAUUCGCCGGCAUCCAACAACGAAGCUACUACGGCGGCUACUACGGCGGCUACUACGGCAUGGGCUACGGCGGCUACGGCGGCUUCUACGGCCGCGGCUACGGCGGCUACGGCAUGGGCGUCGGUUACGGCUACGGCGGCUACGGCGGCUACGGCGGCUACGGCGGCUACUACGGCUCUACGACCCGUGGCCGCCGCUGGUACGACUCGCCCUACGGCGGCUGGUAG